ACAGAACUAAAAACUCGGCCAUGAAAAAUUUGUAGCUCAUAUAGUUACACACACGGGAAAACAAACACAGAAAACAUAUCAUCAUAACAAUAAUAAUAACCGUCUCAUCACAUCGAUGAGAUAGAUGAUCGAAGGAUCGAUCGGAAUGGCGUGUAAAUGCAGCAGCAGCACUGUCGAACGAAGAUGCGUAAUCUCCUCCAACAAACUCAAAGAAUUCUGUUUCAAUCGGAAGAAUUUGCGCAACGUUUCUACCGUUCUCGUUUUCAAACGGAGUUUUGUAAAAUGGCGAUCUGUUUCCGGCAGAAGUCGCAUUGUUAGCAUGGAUGUUCGAGAGAAAUCAAAAUCCACAUUAUUCGAGUCAUCAAAACAUAAAAGGGUUCCACUCUACGUUAUGAUGCCAAUUGACUCUUUCGGGAUUGAUACAACUGGCACUCCAAGAAUCAGAAAAAUCAAGGCCUUAACCGUAUCUCUAAAAGCACUCAAGUUGGCAGGUGUCCACGGAAUUGCUGUUGAGGUUUGGUGGGGGGUUGUAGAACGGUUUUUUCCUCAUGCAUAUAAUUGGUCUUUAUAUGAACAACUUUUCAAAUUGGUAUCUGAGAUGGGAUUAAAGUUACAAGUUGCAUUGUCUUUUCACUCAAAUGUUCAUUUAUCUUCACGAGUACAAGGUAUCAGCCUUCCACAGUGGAUCAUAGAGAUUGGUCAGCAUAAUAAGGACAUAUACUAUCGAGACCAGAACGGUUUUCCUAAUGCUGAUUAUCUUACAUUAGGGGUAGACAAUAUUCCGUUGUUUUCUGGGCGUACUGCUUUACAGUGUUAUGAAGAUUUCAUCCAUAGUUUUGCAAACAAAUUCGAUUCCUUGAUGGGAACUAUAAUUGAAGAAGUAUGUGUUGGUCUUGGACCUUCCGGAGAACUUAGAUAUCCUUCUCAUCCCCUUCAAGAUGGUAGAUGGCAAUUUCCUGGGAUCGGUGCAUUCCAGUGUUAUGAUAAAUACAUGAUGGAGGACUUACGGGCAGUUGCUUGGCAAGAAGGGAAGCCUGAUUGGGCCAAUAAGGGACCUCCAAAUGCUGGUGAUUAUAAUAGUUUUCCAACUGAUGUUCCGUUUUUUGAAGAAGGAGAGGGGAGCUUCUUAUCUGAUUAUGGCCAUUUUUUUCUGGAAUGGUACAGCGAUAGGUUGCUCCGUCAUGCAGAUGCAGUUCUUGAAAUUGCAGCAAAAUUGCUGAAAAAAUAUCAAGAAGAUGAGCAAAAUUCUGUGCGUGUGAUGGCUAAAAUUGGUUUGUUAUAUUGGUGGUAUCAGACUCUUUCUCAUCCUGCUGAGCUUACUGCUGGUUACUACAACACCGCUUUUAGGGAUGGUUAUGAUCCGUUAACUUCAAUGUUGUCUCGUCAUGGAGCAGCUCUGCAGAUUUCCUGCUUUGAGAUGAUGGACGAUGAAACUCCCGAAACCUUUUUGUGCAGUCCAGAAAGUUUGCUUCAGCAGAUAAAGAUUGCAUCAAAGAAGAGGGUGAUAGAGUUGACUGGAAGAAAUACACAUCAGCGGUUCGAUGAGGCUGGUCUAAAGCAGAUACAUUCAAAUUGUUUUGAUUCGCAAGCUGAAGCUGUGAGAUCAUUUACGUAUUUCAGAAUGAACGAAAAGAUUUUUAGGGGCGAAAACUGGAAUAACUUUGUACCGUUCGUUCGCAGGAUGAACACUGAAUUGUAAAGUUACAUUUUUACCUUAGGAUGGAGACAAUAUUACUGUACUACUGUUCAUAAUCCCCUUUUACAUUGCAAUUUUUGUACAUGCGGAAUAUAUUGCAACUUCCUUCUACAGUGUAGCAAGAUACUCUAGUAUGGAGUUUCAUCA